GCGGCCGCUGCGCCCAGCGCCGAGGGCUUUGAGGCGGCUCCUGGCGUCGCCCGGAGGGAGCGGCUGAGCCGACGGAGGUCCGGCGCGGGCGGCGGCCGGGAGGCGAGGGGAGCCGCCACCAGUGCCCUCGCUCCCCGCCGCCUUCGAUGAACCGGGCCGAGUGAGCCGCGCCUCCAAGCAGGGGCUUCGCCUCCAUGAAUCCCUAGGUUUUUUUUUUUUUUUUUCUCCUUUCUCUUCCCCGACCCUCUACACCCGCCAGCCCGGCUCCCGUCCCGCCUUCUCCCUUCGCCGAGCGGCGGCCGCGUCCAGGUGCGGAGUCCCGAACGGAGCGCAAUGGCGUCCAACCCCGAACGAGGAGAGAUUCUGCUCACCGAGCUGCAGGGGGAUUCCCGAAGUCUUCCAUUUCCUGAGAAUGUGAGUGCUGUUCAAAAAUUAGACUUUUCAGAUACAAUGGUGCAACAGAAAUUGGAUGAUGUUAAGGAUCGAAUCAAGAGAGAAAUAAGGAAAGAACUGAAAAUCAAAGAAGGAGCUGAAAAUCUGAGGAAAGUCACAACAGAUAAAAAAAGUUUGGCUUAUGUAGACAACAUUUUGAAGAAAUCAAACAAAAAAUUGGAAGAGUUACAUCACAAGCUACAGGAAUUAAAUGCACAUAUCGUUGUGUCAGAUCCAGAAGAUGUUUCAGAUUGUCCAAGGACUCCAGAUACUCCAAAUAGUGACCCUCGCUGUUCUACCAGCAAUAAUAGAUUGAUGGCCUUACAAAAACAAUUGGAUAUAGAGCUUAAAGUAAAACAAGGUGCAGAAAACAUGAUACAGAUGUAUUCAAAUGGAUCUUCAAAAGAUCGAAAACUCCAUGGUACAGCUCAGCAGCUGCUCCAGGACAGCAAGACCAAAAUUGAAGUCAUACGAAUGCAGAUUCUUCAGGCAAUACAGACCAAUGAAUUGGCUUUUGAUAAUGCAAAACCUGUGAUAAGUCCUCUUGAACUUCGAAUGGAAGAAUUAAGGCAUCAUUUCAGGAUAGAGUUUGCUGUGGCAGAAGGUGCAAAGAAUGUAAUGAAAUUACUUGGCUCAGGAAAAGUAACGGACAGAAAAGCACUUUCAGAAGCUCAAGCAAGAUUUAAUGAGUCAAGUCAGAAGCUGGACCUUUUGAAGUAUUCAUUAGAACAAAGAUUAAAUGAACUUCCUAAGAAUCAUCCCAAAAGCAGUAUUAUUAUUGAGGAGCUUUCACUUGUUGCAUCACCAACACUCAGUCCACGUCAAAGUAUGAUAUCCACACAAAACCAGUAUAGCACACUGUCCAAACCAGCUGCAUUAACAGGUACCUUGGAAGUUCGUCUUAUGGGCUGCCAGGAUAUCCUAGAGAACGUCCCUGGACGGUCAAAAGCAACAUCGGUUGCACUACCUGGUUGGAGUCCAAGUGAAACCAGAUCGUCUUUCAUGAGCAGAACGAGUAAAAGUAAAAGUGGGAGCAGUCGAAAUCUCCUGAGAACCGAUGACUUAUCCAAUGAUGUGUGUGCUGUUUUGAAGCUAGAUAAUACUGUGGUUGGUCAAACUAGCUGGAAACCCAUUUCCAAUCAGUCAUGGGACCAGAAGUUUACACUGGAGCUAGACAGGUCACGUGAACUGGAAAUUUCAGUUUAUUGGCGUGAUUGGCGAUCUCUGUGUGCUGUAAAGUUUCUGAGGUUAGAAGAUUUUUUAGACAACCAGCGGCAUGGCAUGUGUCUCUAUUUGGAACCCCAGGGUACUUUAUUUGCAGAGGUUACCUUUUUUAAUCCAGUUAUUGAAAGAAGGCCAAAACUCCAAAGGCAAAAGAAAAUUUUUUCAAAACAACAAGGCAAAACCUUUCUCAGAGCUCCUCAGAUGAAUAUUAAUAUUGCCACUUGGGGAAGGCUGGUGAGAAGAGCUAUUCCAACAGUGAAUCAUUCUGGCACCUUCAGCCCCCAAGCUCCUGUGCCUACUGCAGUACCAGUGGUUGAUGUACGCAUGCCUGAAAUAGCACCUCCAGCAAGUGAUUCUACAGUAACCAAAUUGGACUUUGAUCUUGAGCCUGAACCUCCUCCAGCCCCACCUCGUGCUUCUUCUCUUGGAGAAAUUGAUGAGUCUUCUGACUUAAGAGUUUUGGAUACAACAGGACAGGAUUCGGAAGCUGCUUUUGAUAUUGAAAAUAAUAGAAAUAAUAUACUUUCAAAAUCUCAAUCUGAAUAUGAGACUGAUAUUUCUCAGUCUGGCCUAGAAUAUGGUGGCAUCCGAGAAUUUGAAAAUAGAAGAUCUCAGCAAAAGUUUCAGUUUAAUCUGCAAGAUUUCAGAUGUUGUGCUGUUUUAGGAAGAGGACACUUUGGAAAGGUGCUUUUGGCUGAAUAUAAACACACAAAUGAGAUGUUUGCUAUAAAAGCCUUAAAGAAAGGAGACAUCGUAGCACGAGAUGAAGUAGACAGCCUGAUGUGUGAAAAAAGGAUUUUUGAAACUGUGAAUAGCGUAAGGCAUCCCUUUUUGGUGAACCUUUUUGCAUGUUUCCAAACCAAAGAGCAUGUUUGCUUUGUAAUGGAAUAUGCUGCCGGUGGGGACCUAAUGAUGCACAUUCAUACUGAUGUCUUUUCUGAACCAAGAGCUGUAUUUUAUGCGGCAUGUGUAGUUCUUGGGUUGCAAUAUUUACAUGAGCACAAAAUUGUGUAUAGAGAUUUAAAAUUGGAUAACUUAUUGCUAGAUACAGAGGGCUUUGUGAAAAUUGCUGAUUUUGGUCUUUGCAAAGAAGGAAUGGGAUAUGGUGAUAGAACAAGCACAUUUUGUGGCACUCCUGAGUUCCUUGCCCCAGAAGUAUUAACAGAAACAUCCUAUACAAGGGCUGUAGAUUGGUGGGGCCUUGGUGUACUUAUAUAUGAAAUGCUUGUUGGUGAGUCUCCCUUUCCUGGUGAUGAUGAAGAAGAGGUUUUCGACAGUAUUGUAAAUGAUGAAGUAAGAUAUCCAAGAUUUUUAUCAACCGAAGCUAUUUCCAUAAUGAGAAGGCUGUUGAGAAGAAAUCCUGAGCGGCGCCUUGGAGCUGGAGAGAAAGAUGCAGAGGAUGUGAAAAAGCACCCAUUCUUCAGGCUAAUUGAUUGGAAUGCUCUAAUGGACAAAAAAGUAAAGCCACCGUUUGUACCUACCAUCAGAGGUCGAGAAGAUGUUAGUAAUUUUGAUGAUGAAUUUACCUCAGAAGCACCUAUUCUGACCCCACCUCGAGAACCACGGAUACUUUCAGAAGAGGAGCAAGAAAUGUUCAGAGAUUUUGACUACAUUGCUGAUUGGUGUUAAGUACUAGACACUGUGAAACCAAGCAGACUGACUCACAAGAAGACCUCUAAAAUAACACCCCUUCCUUCAUUUGCUCUCUGUGCCACCAAUAGCUUCUGAGUUGUUUUUUAAAACACAUGAAGAUUUGUCUGAAAGUACUAUUUCAAUAACUUCUUGAAAAAGUGGCUUCUCAAAAGUUUUUUCUGAGCACUGGAAGCAGAUUUGUGGAGUUUAAGCUGAAAGAACAUUGGCCAUGAAAGUCUAUUGCAAAUAGGUGCUUUUGGAACAAUGAUCUAUUUAAGAGAAAAAGAAAGAAACCACUCUUUCAUAGUCCCUAGCUUUGCCACAUGCCUGCCUUAAGUGGAAGGAGGAUUAAUCACUUAACUGUGUUUCACAAACAGAAAACAAAAAUGGCUAGGAAUGCUAUUAUUGUUCAUACAAAGUAUGAUUAUGUUUGAAUGAGGCAAAUGCUCUUAUUUUUUAGAAAUUACUGUUAUCAAAAAUCUGUAGUGACAGUUUACAUAUUUUGAGGCUUGAUUUUUUGGAAAAACAAAAUGAAUUGAUGUUUUAUAAAUUUUCUAUAUUUAUUAGGAGAAAAUUUUUUUUAUCACUUUAUCAUUAUCAACCAUGUAAUAGAGCCUCAUAGCUUUCCAACAGAGCUACUUGCCAAACAGUUCGUUUUUACUUAACAGUGCUGAAAGAAAUGGAAGCGAUCAGCAGUUCCUUAAAUUGUUAAGAAUGAGGACUUCGAAUCAGCCUGAAUCAAGAUAUACUGUCUCACCUAUAUGCAUUCCCAAAAUUUAGACCAUCCAGUAUAUUCAGUCAUGUCUUCUUCCAAAAUCAGUGAACUGACCAUCCCAUUUUUGAUACUUGUUCUACAGUUAUCAAUCUAAUUUGUUGUGUUCUGAUGUCUGCUGUAGAAGGGAACUAUAUCUUUGUUAAACCAUAGGAUUAUCAUUGUAUACAUGCUGUGAACAUGUAUAUGUGCAAGUUGUAAUGUAUUCUAUGUUGUAGGCUUAUUAUUUAAUUUCACCACUUCAUCACUUUUGUACAGUGGCCAAGCAGACACCUCAAACUCCAGCAUUUACAUUAAGUGCAUUUGUACAUUUUUAGGCCACUGGAUCCAGAUUUUAUAUUGGCAGUUACUGAGGGCAAAAGCAAUAUAUUGUAACAGAAUGUAUAAAUAUUUUUGAUAAAACAGUCUAUAUUUUAUAAAAAAUAUUAUAACACUAAAACUGUACCUCAAAAGUCUCAAAAAUAAUUUGAUCAGAUAUUUUUUACAACUCUUCAGAGGAUCCGUCUGUGGCUUUAUACACUCUAUAGGGAUGUCUUCUUGUAAAUCAUGACUUCCCACUUGCUUGGAUUCUUUUGUUUGUUGUUGUUUCAGUUUGAUUUUUGAUUGAUUUUUCACUCCUACUUCAUAACUUCAUAUUUUAUUAGUUCAAUAACAGCCUCUGUGAUCCUGUGCUUAGCAUUUUAGGGUCAUUAUACCUCAGGAAUACCUAACCGACAACUAACCGUAUUGAAUUAACCAUCUAAUCACAGUGAGCUCAUCUGUUAAAAUGUUUUCAAGUUUAAAUCUUACGAGAAACAUAAAAGCACACUUACAUAUGGGGAGUGUAGCUAAAAACAUUGACAAAUAUUUCAGCUUUGCUAAAAUGCACUGUUUUGUUUUAAUUGUACUCUGAGAACAAUCAGAAUUGUCCAGAGAUAAUUCUUAUUAUCUUCCAAAUUAAUGAAUAUCCUAAAUAUCUUGUAGGAAGAACCAUGUAUUGUCUAAAGUUAUUUUAAAAUUCCAGUUAACUUCCACAGCAAAGGACAGUAGAGGAACUUAGCUUAAUUGGCUUCAACUUGAACAGAGGUAACAUUAAAAUAUUCGUAAAACACUAAAAACUUUUGAGGUACAGUCUGCUUACCUUUGCUGGUUUUGAAACAUGUAUAGAAAGCAAUGUCUAAAAUAGGCUUUUAGCAUUAAAAACUGACAAUAACUUUUUGUAACACAGUGUACAGAAAUUUUUUUUUAAAUCUAAGUCAAUCACUAAAAAUAAUUAGAGGGCAGGGUAUAUCCACACAAUUAAGCUGACAAAAGCACUAAUUUUUUUUUUCUGUAGUUUUAAAAGUAUAUAUAUUUUAGUCAGAUUUAAAAUUUUAAGCUCUAUAGAGUGUAAAUAUUUUGCUAUUACUGUGUGUGUAUGUGACUGCUCAAGCACUUUGUAAGGAAAUUAUGAUAUUUUAGGAUGGUACACUAUGCAUUCAAAUGAAAUGUGCCUUUAACUGUGUCAUUCUCAGAAAAAAAGUGUUUUGCAGUCAUAAAUUACCCACAAGUGCACAAAUUAAAUAGAUUGAAUUUGUAA